AUGGCAUAAUUAUUUAAAUAAUGGACAUUUUAGUUUCCUAACCCAAUACAUGAAGCAAACUAUUAGGAUUUUCUCAAUAAUCAAAGGCUAUUUUUUUAAGAGCAUUAUUUUUUAGUAUAAUGCUCUCCUGCUUUUUUGCAAUGCUGGUGCUUAUUGUUCAAAAUUAAUCGGCUUAUUUAGUUAGUUUUAUGGCAGUUUUAUUCAUUUUACACAUGGUAUUUUUAUUCUUUAGCUAUAAACUUAUUUAUUGUUUAAAGUAUAUUAUGACAAUCCUAUAUGCUUCAUAUGUAUCAGCUGCUUUUUCAUUAGCUUAUAUUGGAUUUAAUGUGUAAGAAAUUAUUUAAUUUAGUCCACUCUAUGACUUUGGAAUAGCAAGUGGUAUAUUGUUCAGCUGUGUUUUAUAAUAUUGCGACAAUAAGUUCAAAGUAGCAUAUGUUUUUAUCACUAAUUGGAUGGCUUUAGCAUUAUUUGUUCAGUUUGAACUUGAUCAAAUAUAAUACUUAGUAUUUUCAAUAUCUAUGUUUAUUUUACUAAGUAUCAUGACAUAUUUAAUUGAACAUAAUAGAAGAUCAUAAUUUUUAUUUAGUUAACAACUUAAAACAUAAAAGUAAAGAUUGAAAUAAAAUUUAGAUCAAUUUUAUAUGAGUUUUCAAAUGAUUCUUUAUUUGCUAUUAUUUAUAAUGAAAAAACAAGAAGUUUUUAGCUUUCAUUUGCUAAUAAAAAAUUUGAAAUUUAAUAUAAGACUGAUUUAAAUGAAAACAAUGUAAAAGAUUUUUUAAGAAGUUAAUAAAUAAUAAAUAGAAAUAACUAAAAUUCAAAUAGAAGUUUAAAUAAUAAAUAAAUACAUAAAUAAAUCAAUUUAGAAGAAUAUUUAUUUGAUUUAAUUUAAUAAAAAGAUGAUUAGUUUAAUCAAGAAAGAUUUUAAAUUGAAACUAAUAAUGGAAAAGAAAAAUAUUUAAUUGAUGUUUUGAAAUUUGAAAAUCAUUAAACAGUCUUCUUUCUCUCAAUUAAAGAAAAUUAAGCAAAACUUUAAAUAGAAAAAUAUGAAAAAAAAAUAAAAUACUUAAAUGAAAUUUUUUAAUCUGUGCUUAUAUUAAUUGGUCAUAGAUUAGAAAGGUUAUAUAAAUAAAUACUAAAACUAAAUGAUAAUCUUGGAUAAAAUAAUGAACUUAUUAAAGAAUAGUAAUGCAAUAUUUAAUAUUCAUUAAUAUAUUUGAAAAAUUAUAUGAUUUACUUAUAAAAAAGUAAAAUGUCAUUUUUAAAAUAAUAAUUUGAAUUAUUUAUCAUUGAAAAGUUAAUAGGUGCUUUGUCUGAAUAUUUUCAUCACUAUAGUAAGUAAUAUAAUAAAUAAUUCUAAUUUAUUUAUUUGAGUGAAGUAGGAUAAUAAUAGAUAUAUUUAAAUACGAGAUUAUUAACUUAACUAUUAAUGAAUUGCUUUAAUAAGAUUUUAAAGAUAUCUGAACCUAGGAGCUGUAUUUAAUUAUAAAUUGAUAGGAAAUAAAUAUAAAAUCAAUAUUAAAAUGAUAAAAAUUAUAACAGUAAUCAACAGCUUUAAUUAAUGUAAUUUUCUUACAUUUUUGAACAUAAAGAUUAAAUAGAAAAUAUAGAAACUCAGUUUUAUUAAUCAAUUGAUAUAGAUUCUUAAAAAUCAUUAGAAAUUGAAUGUAUUGUGAAUCAAAUCAUUUUAAAGAUCUUAAGUCCUUAUAAUUCUAUCUAAACUAAAACCAUUUAUUAAUAGAAUUUUUCAAAUCAUCAGACAACAUUAAUAUUUUAUAUUUAUACUGAUUAAACUCAAUUAGAUCCAUCUUUUACUAAAUAUGUUGAUUUAUUAAAUCUUUGA